ACAACAUGGUGAUCAAUAAUGGUGGAAAACUCUAUUUUGCGAAGCAGAAAUCGCUGGUUUGUUCAGAUUAAGGUUCCAAUCUGAUUUAAACGCGUUAAAGGAUGAAGCUUUUUAAGUUAUGGGUUCACCAGCAGAACUUCAGCGAAGAUGAGCUUAUCAUAAAUCCAAAGGAAUUCCCGAACGAAAAUGUAGGAGACAUUUUAGAAAUUCAUCACCCAGAUGAAGACAACACUCGGCUGCUACUGCAGAUUAAAUCGAUCAGUCCUGAUUUCCAACAGAAAGAUACAAUCAGCAUUGAGCAGUCUGUUGCAAACGUCUUCCAGCUGAGGACGUAUUGGGAUGUGGAGGUCACCAAGGUUGAACCAAAGGAUGUAUCUGUUGAUUUGGUUGAAUUACUGUUUAAGGACCAGUUCGUCUCAAGAAGUGAGAUGUGGCGAUUUUCUAAACAAUUGGUUGGCUCAUGUGUUUAUGUCACCAAGAAGAUUUCACGUUCAGGGGUGCGUGCUCAGGUCAAUGAGAUCUGGACCAAGGGAGAGAAAUUAUCUUGUGGAGUGAUAUCUGAGAAUACGAGGGUGGUUUUCAGGUCAUGCAGCACCAAGAUGUAUUUAUUCAUUCAAAUGAGUAAGGAAAUGUGGGACUUUGAUUUCAGUGGAGAUCUGUACAUUGAAAAGGCCAUCAAUGGAUUUCUUUAUGAGCUCUUUACUAAAUGGAAGGAGCUCAAAGCCAACCAUGACGUCAAUAUUAUUUUGUUUUCAAGAACAUUUUAUGAUGCUCAGUCUCCAGGUGACUUUCCUGUGGAAACUCAAGCAUGCAUUCAACAAGAUCCUUAUGGAAGAUUUUAUGAAGAUUUCUACCAAGUGGUUGUAUUACAAGACAGGCGUGAUGACUGGAUACCAAUGCUGGUGACUCUUAAGCGUUGCUUCAAUCAAUAUCCCAGAUUCACAAACUGCUGUGACAGGCUUAGAGGCACUAAAAUUACUGGAUGGAAUUCUAGCUCGUGUGAAGGAAAUUUUUUAGAAGCUAUCAAUUUGUCAAUGAAUGCAUUUGAGAGGCACCAUAUUGAUCGUAAUUUUGAACGCACUGGCCAGACAACCAUUCUUGUGACUCCAGGUUCAGGAGUGUUUGAAGUUGAUAGAGAAAUGACCAGCAUUACAAAACAACGAUUACUGGAUAGCGGUGUUUCUGUCGACCUUGUGUGCCUAGCUGAACAGCCCCUUCACACGAUUCCCCUCCUAAAGUUCUUUAACAAGACCUUGGGCCAUGGGGACCCUGAUUUAGGAGAUGACUACAACAUACCUCACUGGAUGAACCACAACUUUUACACCUCACCAAAGAACAGAAACAAAACAGAGAAUUCUGUACCUCGUAUAAAAAUUCCUGAUGUUGUCCUGAGUUCUCUUGGAAGAAAUGGUGAAUGCGAAAAAGGAGUAUACGCUAAUUUUGCGGAUCAUUUCAAAACAGAAAUAGAAGACAGUCAGCUUCCAGAUUUGGUGGAUUAUGACGAAUAUGACCGCAAAGUGUUUAGAAAUCCUAUAACUCACUCUACACUGAAGGGUUACCCACCAAGGGGUUCGGCCUUCAGGCGAAUACGAAGCGCUCUUGAAAUGCAACGAAUGGCUAAGUCGAUAUCAAGAGACGAACUCAUGUUUCAGAAAGUUUCUUCGCCUUCUCGCGGUGUCUCUUCGUUUGAAGACUUGGAUUUGGAGAUUUCGUCUUCGUCGAGCUCGUUCAUGAGACGUGAUGCUCCUUUCAAAGAACUAGAAAACAGCACCCGAGUGCUAUCUUCAUCUGUGGAGUGUACCUCUCACGGUGUUCUAGUGUCCCUACCCGAAAAUGUAACCCGAAAUGACACCUUCCAUGAAAUCAUUCGCCCUAUAACUCAGCGGUUUGCUGUUGGCAGCGCAGGCGCAGCACAUGACAUGAACACCGUUCAAGUGCGGCCCCAGAGGACCUUGAUAAACCCUUUCAAGCCAAAUGCGAUUCCCUGCAAUUGGACAUGCAACAACCAUCGCUGGUCACAUGUUUUUCCCAAGGGACCCAGCGGAAAAGUUCUCCAUUUACACUAUGAACAACCCUCGCCGGCUGAAACCGAGACUCUCGUAAAACCCGAGAAGUCACGUGAUGUCGAAGAAGCAGCCCUUGCAGUGGUGACGGCUCGCAAACGAGAGAUUUCAGAAGCUUCCCAGAGCAUUUCAGAAGAACAAGACUUAUUUGACGAGAUGUCAGGAAGCGAAGGCAGCGCCGAAGAUACAGACGAAGAAAACACGUUAAAUUCCCAAACAUUGCCUCGGUCUCAUUUCAGCCCAGUUUCCCACGGUUUGCAGACGUCACAAAACACGACACCCAGGCGCCGAACUCAGCUGGCGCGAAUCAAUCUGUACCGAGGGGUGGAAAAAGCGCCUGUCGAACAUGACUGGACAGCGGCUGUCAAGACGGGCGUGGAUUGGAAAUCUUUGACGUGUCCGGCGCUGCUGCCUCUGACGUCAGAUUUUUAUCCAAACAAGAAGACAUUGAAUUCAGACUAUCUAGAGUACAACUAUAAACUGUAUAUUGAAGAGGAGGAAGAUUUUACCGAAGAGAAAAAGAAUUUUGAUUGGGGAAAACAAGAAAGUACACAAGAGGAAGAUUUACAUGGAGCCCAUCGGCGCUUGAGUGCAGAGAUGAUAUUCAUCGAGCUUGUGUCACAACGAAUUCGCAAGGGUUUUCAACUGAUCCCACCAAAGGCUAAGCCAGCGCCUCCCGAUAAGCCCCAGUCCAUCGCGGCCAUACCAGCCAAGUCCGACUAUCAGGAAUACUUCAUGAGUAUUGGCCGAAUCUCACACAAACUAAGUCUGACGUCACCGGAAGUGACGGUCACAAAGUACAGACCACGCCACCAGCUGGGAUCCCAACCCACCAACUACAGCUAUCGCCUUUGGAUCCCACAGAGAAAAAUGUUUGAACCAAAUCAAGGAAGAUUCCUGCGCGAAGAAAUGGACAAUUACAACUGGAAUUACUUGGACCAACACAUUUGUGGAGACCCUGAAUUUGAUGAACUUAUCGAGUCUUUAAAUUACUGGAAGGCUCGCUUUCUCCUGCUGCCGUUUUCGCCGUUUUCGCAGCGUAAAAUGAAAGAAGAAGGAUGGGGAGACAAGAAGAAUACAAGUUCACAAGAAGACAGUGUUGUGGAUGGAAUCCUGAGAUUUCUUGAGGUCCUUAAUCGAAUAAAACGUCUUCAACCUCAGAAAGUGCCGCAAACACCCAAGGAACGAAAGCAGUCUGAGGCUUCUAUGUCAUCUCGUCGCAUUAGCAAACAGCACGAGCACAAAACAGCCCGACCCCCAUUUAUUAUUAUUACAUCCUCUGAGUUAACCGUAGCCAAGGAUAGCAACUCUACGCCCGGCAGUCCGCUGGCCAUUAGAUCGCGGUCGUCCUCGGCAACGGGGGAGGAGUUGGCUUGUCCGAAUACUCGUGGCAGUCCUUCUCGAGAAUUGGCCAGCGAGCAGCCGAAAACAAUGGACGAGUCAGAGAAAGAAAGGCUUAGUGUAGAAUCACCGCUGGAGACUGUAGCAGAGGCCAUGCUGGAUCCUGGAAAAGGCUUGACUUUCCUACCAGAGUUAAAGGGACUGAAGCCUUCCAGCUUUUUAAGCGUCGAGGCGAUAUCGUGGAUUUUACAGAAUGUGGAUGGAGUCAAUUCUAAGGAGCAAGCCAUUCAGCUGUGCCAGAAAAUGGUGGAGGCAGGUUUCAUCCAGCAUGCUUCAGAAAGCGCCAAGCAGACCUUGGUAGAAGGUUUCAUCAUAUUCUGUUUCACACCAAAAUCCUCUUGGGUGGAGAAAACAGAGGAUAUCCUUGACACCUCUAACUUUCGCGCGCCUCACCGAAGCUCGAUCGACGUGGAGCGUUUUGAGUGCGAUCUUUUACGAGCCUUUCAAAUGGAAUGGUUCGAAAUCGCUAUUUGGCCGCGCAAGACUAGUGAAGAGGUCCCAGAAUUCUUAGCACCAGAUCAAGUGAUUGAUUCAUUUCCGACUAGUUCUCCGUACAGGAAGCGCAACCGAACAAGAUCGGCCCGUCGGAGUCAACGAGGACGUUUGCAUUCAGACAGUGGUUUGUAUUCUUAAAACCUACUUCGUAGUGUAGUAGGAGCAUCAGUAGUUCGUAUAGUGUAAUCGUCUAGGUAUGGGUAGUUCUAGCCUAGAAGGCUGACCUUUGAGUCACACGCGCGAGCGGCAAAGAGCAAAGCGAUCCGGCGGGAAGGAGUCUGGUAAAGAGGCUUCGAGCUCGCGGCGUAGCGCGCGCUUGUGCUCUAACGUGGGCAUGCUCGCAGGCCAGGGUAGUUCUAACAAGAACUGUUUUUUGGUGACUAGUAGUGCCUCUCGACUUCAGUGCAGAUACGAAUUCUGUUGUCCAAUUAUGAUCAAUCAGGUCAUUAAUC